GCUAGAAUGGCCACGGUGGACAGCAAUCCGGGGUUAAAUGAGACCCUCUCCGGGCAGAAGGGCGCAUGCCGCAAAAACGACAAGUUGCCGUUGGACGCGAAGCACGCUCUGCGAAAGCGGCAGCCCUUCAAGUUCAGUAGAAGCGACAGAGAUAUCUAUGUGAAUAACAAGACUCCUUUCAAGGGACAAUUGUACAAAUGUGAGAAACUGUUCGAUAAAGGCGCGUCUGAACUGGUCAUCCAUGGUCUUGGUGCUGUCGUGUGCAAAGCAGCCAGCUUGGCUCUGCGAUUGAAGGAAAUUCAUCAUGAGACUUUAGAUCUUGAUAUUAAAACAUCUACCGUCGAUUUAGUAGAUAAUCUAGAGGCAUUAACCGACGAUGUGGACGACGAGAUAAACAACAGGCAAAACUCUGCUAUACACAUACGCAUUGUUAGGAGAGUGCCAGUGGCUGUGCUGAGAUCUAAAUAGAGACAAACUAAUAUUGAGACUCUGCAAAACGAUAUAUUUGAGCCAUAACAGUGUACAUAAUAGUGUGAAUGGAAUUAUUAGAUAAAUCACUAUUCCAAUAUA